AGAAUUGAGCUUGAAUCGCCAACAACAGAUAUUUCAAAUAUUAGCAAAACAAGCUCUAAAGUAGACGUGAUUCAAAUGAACAAAAAAAAAAAAAAAAAAAAGCAAAGUGAUUUGCGCAAUUAAUCAAAUCAACCAUAAAUGCAGUAUAUCUGUAGAUACCUAACAUGAAACUUCAACGUUUACAUUGAAUACUGAUCGCAUUUCAUUGUGAAGUGUGACGCGAAUUAAUUUACUAUAAAUUUUGAUAUUCCAAGCAAGAGGUAUUUACUUACCCCACUAUAAGUUGUAUUCCACUGAGAAGAAAAACGUUUUGCUUUAGAUACACAAGACUGCUAUUUCAUCCUUUUUUUUUUUUUUUUUUAUGUCAACGUUCAAGGGUUCAAAAAUGUCCGGUACUCUCCUCAUAGUUAUGCUAACGUUAACCCACCAUUCAAAUGGAUUAGCUCUUUGGUCUCCAUCACCCAAUCCUGCAGAAUCACCCGAACCUGAGAAUUUGAGUAAAAUUCCUCCAAAAAGUUGUCCUAAUUUCAACGUAAUGAAAGUGGAACAAAAUUUCCUAGGAAAUAUGGAAGAUGUUUGGGUUAUUUCGCACAUCGUCCCGAGAGGAAAAAGUCAGUACGUAGAUGGAAGCACAGCAUGUGGUUUGUACAAUUUUGUGCCAGGUGAAUGUAAAUGUUUAAGAUAUGGCCUUUCAGUAAACGAGCAGGAAAACUCAUUAACAAGGAAAACUGUUGGUUUGGAAGUGAGAACACAGAACUUCCGAUACAUAGAAAGUAAAGUUGUAUUUGUAGAAGAUUACUAUGAUGUUUUCCAAGCACAAUUUUUAUUGGCUGCUGAGGUCAACUUCGACGGUACUAAAACUAAAAUAACUGCUUCUCCAAUUGAUGAGGAAAUAUAUCCAGAGUAUCAAGCAUAUGCUUUGCUGGCGACUGAUAAUUACGAAACGUACGCUGUUUUUGCUUCUUGUACUCCUUUUUCUUCAGGUCCUCAUGCAUGGGUAGCUGUUUCUAAUGAAGCAUUCUUAGUAAUAAAUAAACAAGAUUUAUUACUAAAAGUUGAAAAAAUCUUAUUGGAAAAUGGAAUAGAUCUCAAGAAUAUGGUGGAAGUUGAUCAAACUAAUUGCUUACCAUUAAAUGCAUGAAACAUUCUAAUCGCGCGAAUUAAAUGUAACUUAAGAAAUUCUUGAAUAAUCAGAAAACCAUUUUUUGAAAAAUUGAUAUAAUUUUUUCACAAUUCAAUAUGUACCUGAUUGUUUUUUUGAGUUCUUAUAGGUAAGUCAGAUUUGGUACCUAUGUAAAAGUUCACUUCAAAACAAGUACAAAUUUUA